AUCUUUACCACUUCGCUCUGAAGCCUGUAGUGUAGCUGACUCCUCAAACUGGCUAUCUAAUUAGCCCCUUAGGGGGUGAUUUGUUAAUCAGCCAAAGAGAAAGAAACAGGAAGAGGCCCAGGAAGGAACCUCCUUCCUUAUUAUAGGCUACACAAAAUAUUAUUAUUAUAGGCUACACAAAAUACAUACAUACACAUUUUUUUCCUGUCACACUAGUUUAAACUGAUAUCAAACAUAUUUUACUCGGCCCUAAAUCCAGGAUUGAUUUACAGUACUGGUGAUAGUAGAUAACUCUAUCUUACUUGAGACCAGUAUUAAUAGGAUCAACUAAAUCUUUUGGCGACACUAUUGGAUGAACAAUGCGUUUAAGUUCAAAUGUCAAGCCAUAUGUUCUGCUUCUCAUUGUUGGAACGUUCUUGCUUCUGGGGUAUGUCUACUUCAACUUCUUCUCUGAAAGACUCAACAGAGAUAUCCUAAUUGAUGAGGACCAGAAGAGCACCAGCCUGAGUCGACUCGUGUUCAGGAGCAGAAUACGGAACAUGGUCUCUCCUGAAAAGCUAUUGUACAAGCAGCCCAGUGUCUUGGUGGGACGUACUGAUGUGGUGUCAGUGACCCCAUGGUUGGCACCCAUCAUCUGGGAAGGCACCUUUGACCCUGUGCUUGUCGACAAUAUCUACAAGCCCAUGAACCUCACAAUAGCAACCACCGUGUUUGCCAUUGGAAAAUACGUCAGAUUUCUCCAAGAUUUUCUGGACACAGCAGAGAAGCACUUCAUGGUCGGCUUCAACAUGCGCUACUACGUUUUCACUGAUCGUCCCCACGAUGUUCCUUCAGUGAACCUGUCUCAGGGGAGACAUCUGAGUGUGAUCCAGGUCCCGGGUUCAAACCGCUGGCAGGAGAUAUCAGCCCAGAGGAUGGAGAUCAUCCAGACCACCAUCGAACGUCAGAUCAGAGGGGAAGCCGACUACAUCUUCUGUCUGGACGUAGACAGCAAGUUCCACGCUCACUGGGGGUCCGAGUCUCUUGGAAGGCUGGUUGCUGUGAUACACCCAGGUUACUACGAGCAGACCCGUGACCGCUUCCCGUACGAACGGCGUCCAGCCUCAACGGCCUACAUCCCCAUGGAUGAGGGAGACUACUACUAUGGCGGGGCUAUGAUCGGAGGGUUCGUGGAGGAUGUGUACACACUAGCAAAGGUAUGUCGGACCCAGUUUGAGGAAGAUGCGGGGAAUUCCAUCGAGGCUGCCUGGCAGGAGGAGAGCCACCUCAACAGGUACCUGCUCUACAACAAGCCAAGCAAGGUGUUGUCUCCAGAGUACCUGUGGCAGGACUUCAAGGCCAAAACCAAAGAGGUCAAAGUAAUUCGCUUCUCAGGGGUCAUUAAAAACUAUGCUGAAGUUCGUUCCAAUGUAUAAAACGAGGAAGUGGCUAUUAGACCGGCAAAAGAAAAACUAAAUUUAGUCAUAGCGGUAAAAUAAAUUGAGGUUAGGUUUAGGAACAAGGGUUAAGUUUAGGUAUAGUUUGACUGGGGUUAAAAGUUAUGGAAAGGCUUAAUGUUAAUAAUAAUUUGGGGGUGUGUCGAAUUAGUUAGGUAACAUUGAUAAAUAAGAUGUUUUAUUUUCAUAAAUAUGCUUAUGUGGGAAAGUCACUUGGGGCCCAGAGAGGGGAGAG